GUUUAUCCAUGCAUCAUUUUGUCGAUCUACUAAGAUUAAAUUGUCUCGUUGUAGUUGCAAGACUGGAACAAUAGACGGCAGUUUACACCACCCAGUGACUUCCAUGCUGACGCGAUGAAUGAUUAUUUCAUUUCUCAGGCAGUGAUAGAAAAUACCAGAGCAAAUGAUAUACACAAGCGAGUUCCCUUUUUAGUACCGUUUACUAGCAGGGUUAAGAUUUUCACUACACAACUAGCAGCAGCUAGGCAAAGGAAUGGAUCUCUUGCUGUUUUUGCUAGAAACCGGUUUAGAAUUCGACGAAAUCAUAUACUGGAAGAUGCUUUCAGUCAGAUGAGUGCAUUGUCUGAAGUUGAUCUUCGAGGAUCGAUACGUGUGUCUUUUGUUAAUGAAUUUGGAGUUGAGGAGGCAGGAAUUGAUGGUGGUGGUAUUUUUAAAGAUGUCAUGGAGAACAUUACACGGGCAGCCUUUGACGUGCAGUAUGGUUUAUUUAAGGUUAUCACGACAUUCCUUAUUAUUCGCAUGGCAUGGCUUUGUUAA